AUGCGUUUCACAACAGCAUUCGCCGCAGCCCUGCUUGCGCUGACACCGUCUGUGUUCGCAGAUGCGCAGGCAGGAGACUGGUCAGAAACAACCAGUAUCACCGUCACAGCUACCAUGUCAACUACAAAGACUGUGACCAAGUACCUUAUGUACGCCAACGCAACCACAUCCACCAUCGUCUCGCACCCAACCGGGUGGAACAGUACAGUGCACACCACCCAGGCAUCAUCAACAGAAUACAACAAGCCCACCCUCACCGCCGGCUCAUCGUCUUCCUCUGGCAGCCCGUCAAUCGUUUCUGCCACCGGUGCCGCCAGCGCGCAAGAUAUCAACCUCGCAGUGGCCGCUCUAGCAGGCGCCGCCGCCAUGGUCUGGGGUUCGUUAUAG